UUUCGUUCCCGCGAGUCAUACGUGCGUCGUAUACGAGGUGGACGCGGUCGCGGCGAAGAGAGGAGAGCCCGGACGAAGAAGAAGCGGUACCGACGGUUCGGGGAAGCAGAACCGUACGAACCUCCAUCGCGACCGCAUCGUCGUCGCGUAAUCCCUUACCCUUCGCACGCGCGCAGGAGAGAGAAAAGCAGGAAACGUGCCCGAUUGUUCGACCGACGCAUCAGCGGUAAACCCUUUGAGAGCGAACCGAAAGAGCCCUAGCAGCGACCAUGGUUUACGAGAGCGACUUCUACACGACCCGGCGACCCUACUCGCGGCCGCUCGUCUCUUCCUACACCGUCACGUACCAUCGACCUAUCACCAUCCUACCGCUCUCCAGCAUCAUCCAGUUGAGGACCGUUCCUUACGUGCCCUAUAUGCCAUACGUGGCGCACAAAAGGCUGGUCACCAUAAUUCACACGCCGGUCCAUCAUGCAUACUACACUGGCGCGAUGAUACCGAUAAGGGUGCGAGCGCGCGUGCGGCCCAGCGUCCUCGCAGCUGAGCUCAACAGGAUACGCUACCUGCCGAGGGUGUCCACCCGAUCCUACAUUGAAGAAUACCUAAAUUCCCGAGACAAUAUACUUUUCGACGAUGAGGCAAGGGAGAUUCGCGCGAGAGUGGAUUCUCUUCUUCGACGCGUCCACGUGUACGUGCCAAGGGCAGUGGCAAGGUAUCCGACGAAAAUAAAAUGCGACUUCCUCGAGGACAUCGUGCCGGAACGUAUGCGCAGCCACGACUACGUUCACCGGCUGCUCACCGGCCGCAACAACGCGAAGAAGCAGCUCGAUUAUCUGAGCUGGUACGACGUGCCCGACCGGGGCGCCUUCGGCACCCUGGCGUGCAUCAAGUACGUCGCCGGCAAGCCGCAGUUCGUCAGAAGACCAUACGUCAAGGUCGCGGACCUACGGCCCUCCGAUAUCCGCAACGACGUCAACUUCCUCAGCUACUACAGCAAGAACCGUCAGGCGGCCGCGACUGCCUCUCCCGGUCAACCAAUGACAGAACGAGAGAUGCGAAAGGUACGCGCAUUAGGCCACGACUCAACAGCCCAGGCACAAAAAACUUCUGCCCCGGAAUCGGAAGAAAAACCAGAGAAGAAAGCGAAAAAGAAGCCUGAGCCGGAGAUAGAGCCGGAACCAAUGUGGUUCGAAGCGGAGUCCGAGCCGAUACAAGAACCCGAACCGGUGCCCGAACCGGUAGCCGAACCGGUGAAAGAACCGGAGCCGGAGCCGGAGCCGGAACCUGUGAAACCUGUGAAACCGACGAAGGGAACGAGAUCGGCAAGAUCGGCAAAAUCCGCGAAAACGACCGAACGUAAAGCGGAACCGGCGCCGGAACCGGAACCGGAGCCCGUGAAAGAGCCAGAAAUCGUGAAGGAACCGGAGCCCGAGCCUGUGCAGGUACCGGAGCCUAUCUCAGAGCCGGAACCGAUAGCGGAACCAGAGGCGCCGGCGGAACCGGUCGCGGAGGACGCGCCGAUUGAAAGCGCGGAGGCCGUAAGUGACGAAGCUAAGGAACAGCAAGUGAAGCAAGACAAGGAAGACGCCGUGAGGAGAGCCGAAGCGUACCUCGCUAAAGCGGCUCGGGAAGCGCAAUCGGAAGAGGAGAGGCGGAAGGCCGCGGAGGAGGAACGGCUGCAGCUAGAGAUGGAGGAGAAGAAAGCGUGGGAGGCGUUGCAGCUUGCGCAGGAACGGAAAGAGGAGCUUGGCCAGAUACUGGAGAUCGAGCAGCAGGAAGCUGAGAGGAAGGCGGAAGACGCAAAGUUACAAGCUGAACACGAGGAAGAAGAGAGAAUAGAAGAGGGGGAAAGAUUAUUCAACCAGGCGAACCUCGAAGCGCUCAUACAGGAGCAAGAGCGAUUGAUAGUCGAGGAGCAUCUCGAAGAAAUUCACAAUCAAAAGCAGGAGCAAGAAGAGACGGACGUUGCGCUCGCAACUAGUGACAAUAAAGACGUCAGCUGCACCGAGGAACCGGUGGAUCUUGGUGAAAUUACCGAUCAAGAAAAGGAAGAGAAACACGACGUUACCACAGAUGAUGAAACACGAAUCGAAGAAGAGAAUGCCCACGAAGAGGAGGUCGUCGAGAUAGCCGAAAGUCCGUUCGUCGAGGAACCAGAAGGAGCUGAGAGCAAGCCACAAACGGGACCGAUGGCGGCUGAAGAUGGACCGCAGAUCGAGGAGGUUACUUCCGGCGAUGAAUUCUCCUGGGGCGACCAGGACUCGUAAAUCGGACCGUUUCGCGGCAUCGAUGGACCACGUUCCUUUAUCGUCAUCGUUAACUAGGAUUCAACGCGUCUUCGUCCUGACACCCUGUCCGCGAAUAUCAUCCAAUCCAUCGUCAACCAACCAUCGCGGAUAAUCGCCGAUCCGGCGACGCGACGGAGAGAUCUUAAUUAAUUUCCCCUUUAAUCCAAUCUCCCUAUUUAUUUAUUCGUAAAAUGCACAUUUCGCGUUCAGCUUCACGUUUCAUCAGCGCACAUUUCGCAAUCAAUUUCGCGCGUCACGUCGUGUUGAUCAUAUUAGACGAAUUCGCGUGGAUCGAUAUAUACCUAAGUUUAAAACCGUGAAAUCUCUGGUGGCUAUAUUUUUAUUAGCUCAUCUCAGAAGGGACCGAUCGGAGACUCGCCUGUGGUCUCGUGCGAUCUGCGCGUAUUUAUUUCAUUACCGACCGUACCCUUUCACAUUAUAUCCUGCGUCGGAGAGCGGCAACCCGUAGAUCGAGUCUGACACGAGUAUCGAUUUUCGUUGGUCUGCCGGUGGUGGUGAUUCGUUUAUAGUCUCGGAUAGUAAUCGGGUAGAAAUAUCGCGACGUAUUUUAGCCGUCCAUUCGGCAGUCGUGCAGUCGAGCUGGCUUCGCCGUCGUCUAUUUUUACAGUAACAGCUUCGAGUUUCAGCCAUGAAAUUGGUUUGACUGCGAUUGUCCGAGCGAUCGAUCGGGAGGACGGAUUCCGGAAAUAAUCGCGAGCACGAUUUCAGAAUUAGCGGCCAUCUUACGACUCCCGUCGCUCGGAAAGUGGCAGCCACCUGACACUUAUGUUGAAGUAUUGCUUAUUAUUAAAAAGAUACUGCAUACAUAUGUUAUAAGAGCGUGGUGAUAAUAAGAAUGAUUCAAUGUGGAAUCUCACUCCGCGAUUUAAAAGGCUCGUCCUUUGCGCGGGCAACGUUGCGACCCAGAAAAAUCGCGGAGCUGGGGAUGAAACGGCCGCGAGUACAAUUUUUUUUCAAUUAACUAAGCCCGAGAUACAAAUUUUUUAUGUUUUAUAAAAUCUUCACGAGAUUAUCUGGCAUUGCAGAACAAAACGUAUACGAAUAUACCUGCGGUCCGCGAAACACGCUCAUUACGCUUUCAUUUCGGAAGACCCCCUGUUGUUUUCGCCGUGAAUCGAGAUUAAAAUUAGACAUGGGAGAAGCUGCACAAUACGUAAGAUAGUCGAUGUUGUGUGUAAUCGACGUUGUGAACAAAACAGGAAGGUACUCAACGAGGUACUUGAUGAAAAACGAAUUUAUUCAUAUUCUAUUUAUAUAUUUCUGUAUUUAAUGCGCACUUGAAAUCCGUAGUACGCAAUGUGUACCCACGCAACGCCUAUUUUGUUUAUGAUUAAAGACAAUAAAUAUUAUAAAUGAUAAAA